AUGGUCAAGCCAGCUGGAAUGAGUUUCAAAACAGGUCAACAUUAUGAACAUGUGGCUGCUCGAAUGCAAAAUUAUAUAAAUUUUGGACCACAAUAUUACGAACAACAAUAUCCGCGAGAAAUGAGUCAUCACCUUCAACCUGUGCCGCAUCUCCAUCACCGCCACCAUCACCACGCUGCUUCACCUUUCGGUAUUAAUGCCGAAGGUCGAGGUCAUCCUAUCGUUAUGAGCCGAAGACACCAACGUGCGCAUUGGCUUCCGUAUUGA